AUGGUGAACAGUCAGGUGCCUGGAGGUGGCUCUCCCCCCAGGACGUGCGCAGGGUGCGGGGGUCGCAUCUCUGACCGUUUCCUGCUCUUCUCCAUGGAUCGUUACUGGCACACACGCUGUCUCAAGUGCUCCUGCUGCCACGCUCAGCUGGGUGAGAUCGGUACCAGCUGCUACAGCAGAGGAGGAAUGAUCCUCUGUCGUAGUGACUACAUCAGGUUGUUUGGACACUCCGGUGCGUGUAGCGCGUGUGGUCAGUCCAUUCCUGCCAGUGAGAUGGUGAUGAGGGCCCAGGGAAAUGUUUACCAUCUCAAGUGUUUCUCCUGUGCCACCUGCAGAAACCAGCUGGUGCCCGGAGACCGCUUUCAUUACAUCAACGGCACCAUCUUCUGUGAGCACGACCGACCGGGCGCUGCCCUCCUCAGCGGGCACCUGCCCCCCCUGCAGAGUAACCCCGUCCUGCCCGAUCAGAAGUGCUAUCAGCCUUGA